UUAUUCCUUCAAGGUUAGGCCUUGACCUUAACAUGUUUUACCACUAAGCACAGCAUGACAGACAUAAUCAUAUUCAAAUCCAAUAUAGGUAACACGACUUCUUUAAAACUGACAACUACAAAAGGUCGAAUUUAUUGAGAUUGUGUUUAGCUGUCUUUAGGGACCAAAUAAACUGGAAAGCUGUCAUGCUCCCUAUAAAACACCGCAACGCCUUUACUUUGAAAAUUGUUAGCGGAAGCGCUGGUGAGCUCACCUCAGCUAGCUUGACAGCUAGCCUGGGCACCGAGAGUCUCCUUGGUGCCGCUGAUAAAACGGUAUUGUGCUGGGCUUUCUCCUCCAUCCCAUCCUUCCUUUGAGCAAUGCGUUGUUAGGCAGGGAGGUGAGAGGAGCCCGGCUCUUCACUCCUUCAGGCUGCUCGGGAGCCAUGGCGGGGCGGACACUGAGGAGGAAGCAGCGGGUCCACGGCAGCAGCUCUGAGGAGGAGGGAUCCAUGUUAACGUUACCUGCCGCACAGCCACCGUUGUUAGUGACGGAACACACUGCUGACGGCUGCUGAAGUUUCACACACAUCUUCUGCUUUAUUACAGCUGCUUCAACUCUUCACUCACUGCUGUUUAAUAAUGUCUCCGGGUUCAUAGCGCAGAGUUUGUUCUACUUCUCUUAGCUUCCAGACAGAACCGUUCCGUGUGUCCGGUAGAGACCUCUGUCCUCCGGCGUAAAUCUGGCGUACUGUCCCGCAGUGGCUCACAGAGCGACUCUUUAAUAUAUCAAAGUCGGUUGGGGUUAACAUGGGGGCAAAGCAGAGCAGCCCCACUGCUAACCCAGCUGCUAACGGACGGACCAGAGCCUACUCCGGCUCGGACCUGCCCUCCAGCACGUCCAGCAGCAACGGUAACAGGACCACCACCGGGGGGGUGAGGUACCAUGGUUACAGUGCGUCCGGAGCCUCGUCCAGCACCAGCCAGCACCAUGGAGCCAGGGCCCGGUCUGCGGGGGGGUCCGGAGGCCCCGGGACCCGACCUCAGUCCGGGAUAAACAUUCCCAACAGCAGCGGAACCUACAGCUCCCAGGAGUCCGGGGGGAGCAGCCCGGAGGAGGCGGACCGGCAGCGGGCUGGAGGGCAGGAGGCUCCCCGGCUGUUGAUAGGAUCUCUACCAGCACACCUCUCGCCUCAUCUGUUCGGAGGCUUCAAGUGCCCUGUGUGCUCCAAGUUUGUGUCCUCAGAUGAGAUGGAUCUGCACCUGGUGCUGUGCUUAACCAAACCCAGAGUGACAUAUAACGAGGACGUCCUGACGAAGGAUGCAGGAGAGUGUGCCAUCUGCCUGGAGGAGCUGCAGCAGGGCGACACCAUCGCCCGCCUGCCCUGCCUCUGCAUCUACCACAAAGGCUGCAUCGAUGAGUGGUUUGAGGUGAACAGAUCAUGUCCGGAGCAUCCAUCAGAUUAAAGCUUUUUUGCACAGGUACAAUAUGAGGGAUCUGCGAGAUGCAGCGUGGAUCCAGAGAGACUGGACACUGUGAUCAGUUAACCCCCCCCCACCCACCCAAUAAUGUAGUACCACUGUGUGCCAAAUCUCAUUGAAGCAUCCUCAGGGAUCCAGACUUUGUGUUUGUGUUUGAGUUGCACAUCCGCGCUCAGUCUCAGAACCCCCCCCCCCCACUGAGCCCACUGCCACUGGACUGCAGGACACAGGAGGGGGAGAUGGACAUGGUCCUGGAGGUGGGGUCAAGGUGGAGGGUGGGACCAUCUCACCACCACUGCCAUUCUAUUGGUCCAGGAGAAACAGCCAGGGACAGAGAGCAUCCGCAGCUCAUUUUCAGAACUGAAGCUGCUGCGAAAAUGGUGCCAAUCAACUGUGAAUAUUAUCAAACACACACACACACACACACACACACACACACACACACACACACACACACACACACACAAUCAAUCAUCAGUGCUUUUUGUUCAUAUGCCAUGGAGAAAAAAUCCAAUCAUGGAAAGACUCACACACACACGAGCCGACAGUAGAGUGUUUCUAGCUCGAUCCCUUUCACAUUCUAACAAGAGGUUUUUCUUGUGUGAACGAGAUGAAGAAAGCUUCUCAUGUUAUGAAGAGAAACUGUUUCUGUUGUAAAGAUAUUCUUUUGAUUUUGAGAAGGAUCUGUGAUGCACCAAAUGAAGUGAAAUGUUGUUAUAAUAAGUAAAGUAAAAACAAAAUAAGCUGUAGUGAUAUCAGAAAACAUAACGUGAAAAUAUCAUUUUAUAAGAUGGAUAGGAUCUCGUAAAACAAAAAGUUUUCAUUUGUCUUUUUCUUUUUUAUCCAGUUGCUAUGUCUCUUGUUUUGUGCUUCUCCAUGGGAAAUGUGAUUCUGUUGUUUUCAUGAAAUCUGUGUAGUCUAUGAUAGGCUGUGUAUUAUUUAUAGCAUUUGAUCAUACUUAAGUUGCCACAAAUACACUGAAACUGGUUCCCUCUCAAAGUGAAAGAAAUGUUUGGACGUUCACAUUUGCCAUAACAAUUCUUCCCUCAGUGUGCAGGUUCAGUGAUAAUAACAGAUUUACAACCAAAAAGAUUUUUUAAAGACAUAUAAUGAAAAAUUCAAUAAAAAGAAACCAAAUUAUAGUUAAUAUAUAUAA